CGAUAUUUCAAAACACACACCUUGUAACCCUUUUUUGCGUCAGACUCGAAAAUAAUAUCUUUUUUCGACCAUAUAGACCAAAUAAGUCGAGUACUUUGUGAAACAAGAAGAAAAAGAAGAUUACCACAUCAAACAACUCCCGCGCAAUCACCGCAACAAAAAAACCCAAUAUACACAAUGGCCAAAACAGCAAAAGUCAAGAAGCGCCAAGUCACCAUCCACUCGCGUGCCGCGCGCCGCGCCGCCUCCCCCUCACUUGACCUCCCCAAAUCCGCCCAAAAACCCGCACACACAACGCGGGACUCUGCCUCGCCCUCACGGCCCUCCUCCGUAAAUCCCCACGCCCUCGCCGCCAAAGACGCAGGUAUCCAGAAGCGCCAGAAAAAAGGCACAAAUAUGACGCGCGCGCAGCGGCUGCGCCACCAAAAGGGACUUGAGCGUGCGGAAGAGAAUAUGGAUAAGUUGGCGAAUAAGCGGCUGAAGAGUCUGGGGAAAGGGAGGAAAGUGACGGAGAGGGCGAAGGGGUGGGAGGAUGUUAAUGGGGAGGGGGCUAAGAAAGUGAAGAAAGGGGGUGUGUUGGGGGAUUCGGAGGAUGUGGAGUUGAAGAGGGGGGAGAGGGAGUGGGGUGGUGAUGAGGAUAUGGAUGAGGCGGGUGAAGUCAAGGGUGAGGUGAAGGAAGUGGAUGUUGCGGUAGCGCAGAGUGUAGCGGUGCCGGAGGAGGUGGAUGAGAUGUUGUGAGCGCUGUUUGAGGAAAAGUCGACGUCAUGAUAAUAAAAAGCACGAUACCCAGAAGGAAUGAAUCAAUGUGUUGCUC